AUGAUGCGAUCACAAGUUAAAAUGCCCAUCAUGUUGUUUGUUUUAUCGCUCAUGGCGGCUUUCUGCUCUGCUAAGGACCACAAACCACCAGACACCAAGGUAACUGCAUUUAUACUUAUGGCCACUACACAUGUUUUUUGUUCCAGUUGAUAAGGUUACUUUACGGAUAAAACUAGGAAGUUACGUAUCGUAUGUGAAUGCUACUAUAUCAGUCUUCAGCUUUAAAGGGAAAUGUUCCGAAUUCAGAAAUGAUGUUAGGCAGUAUGAUUAGUAUGAUUAUUUGCAAAAAAAAAUCGAUCGGUAUUUUAAGAAGAGAAAAAUCAUUUUCAGUUUUAAAAUAAUCAAAAGUGACGUAUCAAAGAAACCCAAAUUAAACCUUGCAAAUUUAGGGAAAAUUAGUAUUUACUUCCUCUCCUGGAUUGAAACUCUAGAUGACAGAUUCUCUCGAUCUUUAGCAGCCUGUUCCAUCUUGCAAUGGCGGACAAACCGGGAUGUGGACAUACAUGACAUGUGUCCCAGGAGCCCCUAGGGCACCAGGUCGUGAUGGAACCAAAGGAGACCCGGGCAGCCCGGGGAAAAAUGGGACCCAGGGACCACGGGGUGCUGACGGAAAGAAAGGAUCAAAGGGAGAGCCUGGGAUCCAGGGUUCUCCCGGCCAAAAAGGGGAGCGAGGGGACAGAGGCGACAGCGGAACGCCGCGGCUGGCUUCACACAUGAACUGGAAGGAGUGUGCUUGGAAAAAGAGAGACGAGAACAAUACAGGACUGAUAUAUGUAAGUGAGCAAGUCACUUAAUUGUUACCAGAUAACCAGAGUCAAAAAGUACUUUAUUAGUUCAAACCAAAUAAUUUUCAUACUGUGAAAAUAACAAAACAAAUAAUUGUCAUACUGUACAGAAGCUAUUUUGAUUCUUUAUAUCUCGUUUAGAACUGUGACUUUGUGAAGAAAUACCCAGACACUUCACUCCAUGUCUACUUUGCCGGUGAUCUCAGGAUUGCCUCAUGUGUCACAUGCUGCAGUCGCUGGUAUUUCACCUUUAAUGGAACGGAGUGCAGCUCUCCUGGAACUACUGUGACGGUGCAUUCUACAUAGGAAGAGGAAGAAACCACAAUCUUCACCGUCACCGCCACAUUGAGGGUCACUGCAACAACAUUCAGAAAGGAAAGGUGCAAGUGGGAUUUUGGGUUGGAAAGUGCGUCACAGGCCAUAAGCUUACUGACGCCGACACUGGUUGGCAUUCAAUGACUCGAAUCUUCAUUGAAGAAGUACCAAAAGCUCAGCAGUAAGCUCGAGUCAUGUGAUUAUCUGGACUUUGAAAAUUACUAUUAAAUCUGUAUUAGCAUUGUAAAGAAUAAAGAAGUCCAGAAGCAUUGAAACUUAAAUGUUUUUAACUAUUUGUUAGAUUCGCCAAAGAACUAAUGAGNCUGGCUUCACACAUGAACUGGAAGGAGUGUGCUUGGAAAAAGAGAGACGAGAACAAUACAGGACUGAUAUAUGUAAGUGAGCAAGUCACUUAAUUGUUACCAGAUAACCAGAGUCAAAAAGUACUUUAUUAGUUCAAACCAAAUAAUUUUCAUACUGUGAAAAUAACAAAACAAAUAAUUGUCAUACUGUACAGAAGCUAUUUUGAUUCUUUAUAUCUCGUUUAGAACUGUGACUUUGUGAAGAAAUACCCAGACACUUCACUCCAUGUCUACUUUGCCGGUGAUCUCAGGAUUGCCUCAUGUGUCACAUGCUGCAGUCGCUGGUAUUUCACCUUUAAUGGAACGGAGUGCAGCUCUCCUGGAACUACUGUGACGGUGCAUUCUACAUAG